AUGGUUCUGACUGUUGGCUCAACCUCUCCAUGCUUUGGUAAUGUCGUCAAAAUGAAGGCCGUUCUCUCUUCCGGACUGUUGCCUUCCUCCCGGCUGGUCUCGUGUAGUGGGUAUGUUGGUCAUAGACUAGUAUCCCUCCGACCCGGCCAGAAUGGAAACCAAAUCAGUGUUUUCUCAACUUCGGCCCCCAGGAACUCGACAGAGGUCCCAAAGCCCUCCGGAACACCUUACUCCAACUUGACUAUUGGAAUUCCUCUUGAAACUUUCCCCAAUGAGCGUCGUGUCGCUAUAGCUCCCCAAAAUGUGGCCCAGCUCCGCAAGAAGGGCUUCAAAAAGGUCAUUAUUGAACAAGGAGCUGGUGCUGAAUCUAGCUUCUCUGACCGUGCCUAUGAAGCUGCCGGCGCUACAAUUGGAGACAGGAAGUCUGUCUGGUCUGACAGCGAUAUCUUGCUAAAGGUUCGAGCACCUAAUCUUGAUACCGAGGUUCCGAAUCUUCGUCGUGGAUCUACUCUCGUUUCGUUCAUCAGUCCAGCCGUCAACAAGCCUUUAGUUGAGGCUCUAGCAAAACAAGAAACUACCUCUUUCGCUAUGGAUAUGAUUCCUAGGAUCUCUAGGGCCCAAGCAUUUGACGCAUUGAGCUCGAUGGCCAAUAUCGCUGGUUAUAAAGCCGUUUUGGAAGCCUCGAAUCAUUUCGGACGUUUCUUUACUGGACAAGUCACCGCAGCCGGAAAGAUCCCUCCUUGUAAGGUCCUCGUAAUUGGUGCUGGUGUAGCUGGUCUUUCAGCUAUUGUCACCGCCCGUCGUAUGGGUGCAAUCGUUCGAGGAUUUGAUACUCGAGAGGCUGCCCUCGAACAGGUACAAUCUCUCGGCGCAGAGCCAAUCCGUGUCGACUUUGAAGAAUCCGGCGAAGGAGGAGGCGGGUACGCCAAAGUCAUGUCCAAAGAAUUCAUCGAGGCCGAAAUGAAACUCUUCCAUCAACAAGCUAAGGAAGUUGAUAUUAUUAUUACUACCGCUCUAAUCCCUGGAAAGCCCGCUCCUCGAUUGAUCACGGACGAAAUGAUCGCUGACAUGAAACCCGGCUCUGUAAUUGUUGAUCUUGCUGCCGAAGCUGGCGGAAACGUAAGUUUAACCAAAGCGGGCGAAAUUGUCACCAAGAACGACGUACAUAUCAUUGGCUAUACCGACCUCCCAUCCAGGCUUCCUACCCAAUCUUCGACUCUAUAUGGCAACAACAUUACCAAGUUUCUUCUUUCCAUGGAAGGAGCCGAAGGAAAAUCCUUCGCCGUAGACCUCAACGACGAAGUGGUUCGAGGUUCAAUCGUAACUCAAAAUGGUUCUAUUCUGCCGCCUGCUCCACGUCCAAUCCCCCCGCCACCUCCUCCAACCAAGUCUAAGGUUGAUGAUAAAGCGACCCAAACACUUGAAAUAACCCCAUGGCAAAGGACUACCCAGGAAGUUGCUGUUGCUACAGGCGGACUUGGCGGACUUUUGGCUCUUGGAAAACUGACUUCACCUAUCUUCAUGAGCAACAUCUUCACUUUUGGUCUCGCCGGUCUUGUUGGAUAUAGGGCAGUUUGGGGUGUUCAACCGGCUCUCCAUUCCCCUCUCAUGAGUGUCACAAAUGCAAUCUCUGGUAUGGUCGGCGUUGGAGGCUUCUUCCUUAUGGGUGGAGGCUACUUCCCAGGGACCUUCCCUCAGUUGCUCGGUGCGGUAUCAGUUGCCCUAGCCUUCGUCAAUGUCUCUGGUGGUUUUGUUAUCACAAAGCGCAUGUUGGAUAUGUUCAAACGACCAACCGACCCACCAGAAUAUGGAUACCUUUGGUCAAUUCCUGCCGGCGUGUUUGGUGCCGCUUUCGUCGCUUCUGGACUUGGAGGCCUCGCCAUCGAUGGCCUUCCCACCGCCGGAUAUCUCGUAUCUUCACUCCUUUGUAUUGCCUCUAUUUCAGGAUUGUCGUCCCAGGCCAGCGCCAGACGAGGAAAUAUUCUCGGAAUGCUUGGCGUUGCAGUUGGUGUACUCGCAGCUCUUUCAUCCCUCGACUUUUCGCCCCAGACUUUGACUCAAUUUGGAGUCCUUGCUGCUCUUGGAGGGAUUGCUGGUGCAGCCAUUGGAUUUAGAAUUACACCUACUUCACUCCCACAGACUGUUGCUGCCCUUCAUUCCGUCGUUGGUCUCGCAGCCGUGUUUACAAGUAUCGGACUGGUACUUGGCCAUGUUAAUGAUAUCUCGACUUCACAUCUCGUUACUGCCUAUCUCGGAGUCCUCAUUGGUGGCGUUACUUUUACUGGUUCAAUUGUCGCAUUCUUAAAACUCGCUGGCAAGAUGUCAUCAAAGCCGUUGGUUUUGAAAGGGAGACAUGCAAUAAAUUCAGGAUUAUUAGGAGCUAAUAUCGCCACCGGCGCACUUUUCGCAACUUCAGCAAUUGGAAAUCCUGGUAUUGCUGCAACAUGCUUAACAGUGAAUGCACUUCUUUCUUUUGCGAAAGGCUACACCACGACCGCAGCAAUCGGAGGAGCAGAUAUGCCCGUAGUCAUCACAGUCCUUAAUGCCUACUCCGGAUUUGCUCUCGUCGCAGAGGGUGUCAUGCUAGACAAUCCUCUUCUAACAACUGUCGGAUCACUCAUCGGGGUCAGCGGUUCCAUCCUCUCGUACAUCAUGUGCGUUGGUAUGAAUCGGUCCAUUACAAACGUUCUUUUCGGAGGCAUCGCCCCAAUUGCGCAAGAAGAACAUAAAAUGGAAGGAGUUAUCACCAAAACCUCAGUUGACGAGACAGUAGACGCCCUACUAAACUCUGAAAGUGUCAUAAUUAUUGUUGGGUACGGCAUGGCAAUGGCCAAAGCCCAAUACCCAAUUGCUGAGAUCGUUAAAAUCCUCCAAGCCCGCGGAAUCAAAGUUCGCUUCGCCAUCCACCCGGUCGCAGGGCGCAUGCCCGGCCAGUGCAAUGUGCUCUUAGCUGAAGCAUCUGUGCCGUACGACAUUGUACUCGAAAUGGAUGAAAUCAACGAGGAUUUCCCGGAUACUGAUCUCGCCUUGGUUAUUGGUGCAAACGACACUGUCAACCCAAUUGCGCUUCGCCCAAACAGCCCGAUCGCUGGUAUGCCCAUUAUUGAUGCUUAUAAGGCCAAGUCCGUUAUUGUUAUGAAGAGAGGCAUGGCGUCUGGCUAUGCUGAUGUCCCAAAUCCGAUGUUUUACAUGCCCAACACUCGCAUGCUUUUCGGCGAUGCUAAGGCUACUUGUGACGCAAUCAAAACCGGAUUAACUAGCCGCGGAACACAAACAGAUUAA